AUGAGGCAUCAGAGCCAACACUCUCUGCGGGAGUACUCCGCAGAGGCUCGGGUGCAGGAGCUGCGCUCUGGCCUGCAUGCUCUCUGGCAUCCCAUGAAAAUCUUCGACUUGAGCCAUAACACCAACACUCCCGAGAUGAUUCUCUGCCUGCUGAAGACGUUCUUCUUGCUCAGCGUCCAAUGCUCGUCGGACUGCGGUCGGGAGAUGACCGACUACCCGCAGGCGCUGUUGGCGGUGUGCUUCUUCAUGCACUGUGUAAAGUUGAUUUACAUGCUGCGCGUCAGCUCCUUUGGCGGGAAGAAGAUCCUGGUCCUGAUAAAGACUCUCGUUAGCGGCGCAAUGCGGGAGAUUUUCUUGAUCUUCUGCCUUUUCUUUCUGGCCUUCGCCCUCACUGCCGUAAUGCUCGACCGGAGCGUGGCCGUUGGCAUCGUCAGCUGGUCGCUGUAUCGUGGCCUCAUCUUUGGCGAUGGAGCCGGGCUGGAUAACAUGGGCUUUGCGAUCGAAGGGCUCUCCCGGGGCGAAAUUCCACGUGUGACCGACGUGGAUGUUCUGAAGACCCUUCUCACUGUUAUGGCAAUUCUGGGCACGGUGACCUUCAUCGUGAUUCUGAACAUGAUCAUUGCCAUCUACAGCACGGAGUAUGGGCGAUUGGAGAUGGAGAGCGACCUCCUUUUCCAGUGGGAGCGCGCCAAGUACUGCUGCAACUGCCUGCUUGGGAUGCAGAAGUUACGGUCGAGAAAUCGCCUCUGGCUGCACUUGACUCGCGUCGUUGUGAUUGGCUGCCUAGCCGGUUCGGUGGCCUUCUUCGCGGCCUUUCCGACAGGUCCCGAUGCCAUGGCGGCACCACCGCCCUUUCCUCUUGGCGCCCUCCUGCUCGCGACGGCGCAGGUGGGCAUGCAGGCCCUGAUGAUGCGCAGCGACUGGUUCGCCGUCAGCGGUGGCAAGGAGGGUCCCAUGGAGGAGCAUUUCCUUUGGAUCGUCCGUCGCUGCGAGCAGUCGGAUCUGCGGGCCGAGAGGCCCGUGGAGAACGAAAUGGAGGCGCAGACUCGUCUGACCAGGGAGCUUCUGACCGAAAUUCGUGGUCGGAUGGAAAGGGACAAGCCAUCCAAGGCUGCAUCGCACUAUGCCGUCUCAAGGCGCCCGACGACGCCCAGAAGCAACCCCAUGUCGCCGAAAAGGACUUCACCUCGAUCCCCCCGGCCAUUGGCAGAGUCCGGCAAAACAAGUUUGUGA